CAUCCAAAACCAACAAUUUCAAAUAAAAUUUAGCUUUCUCUGUCACUCUUUCUCAAGCUCAGAACUUUCGAAACCCUGAUUGGGCAACUCAAGAAGCGCAAAGAGAGGGCCCCACUAUUUUCUAACCUUUUCCUUUUUGUAUUUUCUCGAGAAAUUUCUCUCUCCUACCAGACACCCACACCUCCGCUCCUCUCUCUCUGUCUCAACGGCUUUAAUUUGAAAUUCUCGGACGCGCACUUCGUUGUCUCCUUUUAUAUUUGUCACAGCACAGUACAAAUACCAAAUACCAAGGUUUCUUCCAAUUCUUCAGUGUCGGCCACCCCCACCAAACCUCUCUCUCUUAGGGUUUGUGCUCUCUGAAAUGGGGUUUUGAGUCAAUCUCCACUUCUAGGUUUAUUUCCACUUCUCUCUUUAUGAUUCUUAUGAAGAAAACUUGAAGGGAAUCAUUUGCAAAAAGAAGAGAUGAAAAAGGGUUGGAAGCACGAAGAGGUAAAUGAGGUCAAGGAGUCCUAAUCGAGUUGGUUCCUUUUUGAAAGAAGACAAGAAAUUGAAGUUGAAAAAUAAAUUUGCUGAUUUGGCAUCUAGAGUAAGCCACCUUAAUACUAGGAUGGCAUCUGGAAGUCCAUUUUUUGAUGAUAUACGGAGCAAACCUGAGGUUAUUGAUCCUCCUCAAAGUGAAGACAUGAUGGAUGUUGGUGAAAAUGUGAAUGAUCCGGCUCCAAAUGCUCUAAAACCUAAUUUGACUGUUUCUAGUGGUGUCCGCGAGCUAUUGGAGUGCCCUGUGUGCUUAAACGCCAUGUACCCUCCUAUCCAUCAGUGUUCAAAUGGUCACACAUUGUGUUCUGGUUGCAAGCCCCGGGUGCACAACCGGUGCCCCACUUGCAGGCAUGAACUUGGCAAUAUAAGAUGUCUAGCAUUGGAGAAGGUUGCUGCUUCUUUGGAACUUCCAUGUAAAUAUCAGAGUUUUGGGUGCAUGGGCAUAUACCCAUAUUACAGCAAACUCAAACAUGAAUCUCAAUGUGUCUAUAGACCCUAUAACUGUCCUUAUGCUGGAUCAGAAUGCACUGUCAUUGGUGAUAUUCCUUCUCUGGUGGCCCACUUGAAAGAUGAUCACAAAGUUGACAUGCACAACGGCAGCACUUUCAACCAUCGCUAUGUCAAAUCAAAUCCACAAGAGGUUGAAAAUGCCACAUGGAUGCUGACGGUCUUCAGUUGCUUUGGUCAGUACUUUUGUCUGCAUUUUGAAGCUUUCCAGCUUGGGAUGGCUCCAGUCUACAUAGCAUUCUUGCGAUUUAUGGGUGAUGAUAAUGAGGCAAAGAACUACAGCUACAGCCUAGAGGUUGGUGGAAAUGGCAGGAAGAUGAUUUGGCAGGGGGUACCUAGAAGUGUUCGAGACAGUCAUAGGAAGGUUCGUGACAGUUUUGAUGGCCUCAUCAUUCAGCGCAACAUGGCUCUCUUCUUCUCCGGAGGAGACCGAAAGGAGUUAAAGCUUAGGGUGACAGGUAGGAUUUGGAAAGAGCAGUGAUAGGAAUAGGAAUUUCUGCCUUAUCUUCUUUCCCCUCUAUUUUGCCUUACAGCAAGUAGGUCAGUCCGUUCUGUCACCAUCAUGGGUCUUCUGGUCAUGUAUUUUCUGGAAUUUAGGCGGCAAACUCUCUUUGCUUGUCCAUGUAUAAAAUACAUGAGUUGGAAGGCAUGCCUGUUAUCUAUAUUCACAAUAUAUAUGUAUCUAUUUGUAGAUGAAUUAUAAUCUGGGGCUGGUACUUUUUCC